AUGUCGAGAAUACGCCCGCUCGCUCAAACCGCGAGAUGCGCAAGAGCUUCUGCGCUUAUACGACCCGUAAUACCACUGGUCACGUUGCGGCACUCCUCCGCAAAGACCGCCGUAGACAUCGAAGCCCUGCUGUCCGAACCCACAUGGUCCGUCAAGACGCUGCUUCCUGCCGACGCUCAAACCGCCGAUGCGCCAACCAUUACAUCUAAGCAAUUGCGACACCUCCUCAAUCUCUCCGCAUUACCUGAGCCGAAGGACGAAGCAGAGGAGACAAAAAUGCUGCAGACCCUACGGUCGCAGCUCCACUUCGUCCGUGCCAUCCAAGAAGUCGACACAAAAAGCGUACCCCCGCUACGGGCCAUUCGAGACGAGACACGCGCCGCUGAGGAUGAGAAUAAAAUAUCUGUUAGCUCUCUCAAAAAGGCUCUAGAGCAGGAAGAGGUGCGCGGGAAGCAUUAUAAGAGGAUUCAGAGGAAAGAAGGUCCUGUGGACACCAAAGGCGCCGAAGACUGGGAUGUGCUUGCUCAUGCCGAGCGCAAAGCCGGCAAAUACUUCGUGGUGGACAGUGGAAAGACGUAA